AUGUCCCCACCCACCACCACCCUUACGGUGCUGUGCAGGACGCUGACGACUGACCUCCAUCUCUCCUCAGGAGUGGUUCCCCUGCCCGAGACCGCCAUCGACUUCUCCGACCUGCGGUCGCAGACCACGCGGAAGACCGACAGGGUGAGUGAGGGAGCGGCCGGAAUACGGAUUCCCUCGUUUCCGUCCUCCUUCCACGAUUCGAUUAACAACUGUGUGGGAGAGCUCAACCAGAAAUAUUUCAUCCAGUUUCUGUUUUAUACAGGUCUGGCCAGCCUGUACUCCAUUGCCCUGGUGGUGUCGGCGUGGGUCUGGCGGAUCCGCAGUGAGAGGGAGGGCGAGGGUGCCAGGGAGGAAGAUGGAGGUCCCAGCAAGCAUCUCAUAGUGGCUCACUACAUCAUUCUGCUGGUGGAGUCCGUGCUCUUCGGCGUCUUCGUCACGGUCAUCUUCUACGACCAGUUGGUCUCCAUCAUUACCGACGAGACGCCCAUCGAGCAGAUCCGGAACCGGCUGAUGAAGGACAAGGCAGCCGGUCCGCACCAGAAGAGGAAGCCCAAACUGCUGCUGCUCAGGGAGGUGUUUGGCAGAGGUUCGGUUCUGUGCUGGCUGUUCCCGCUCCGGUCCGGCCCGCCAUCUUCCGGAGGGAUCAGUUACUCCGCGCUCCCGGACUACGACGUAUGACCUUGCGCCUUUCCCAGUGUUCCCAUUCUGUUUCCACCUCUGCCGAGACGUCAGGGGGUGGGGGAAUCCAGCCCCCCCCCCCAUCACCGGGAGGUCUCGGCUGGUCUCGCCCUCCAUGGAGCCGGACUGGAUGGAGGGAGAUCCUGGCCAUCCUGGAACGACACUCUUCUCCGGGAUCCGUUCUCUCAUCAGGAGCCCCUCAUCCUUCCCCGUCUUCUUGUCCCGAGUUGAUUUUAUCCCAGUUGUUCAUUUCCAGAAGCUCCCAAUCUGUGCGGAGCAGUCUGGGAGCACCUCCCAGGACCGUCUCUUGAGCUGCUGAGGUCACGUGCUGCCCCGAGAGAGGAACAGCACUCUGCUAACCAGGCUGUAAAUGGAUCAUUUUAGAGAUUAUUUGAUUAUUUUUUUGUUUUAAGGCGGUAUUUUUCUUUUCCGGACAGUUUAACCAUCUCGGAUGAGAGGAGGACAUUUGACCCAUUUUGCGAGUUUGGUUCUCUGAUCCAAGAACCAGUAAGCAUUGGUUUUAAUGGGUACAGAGCGCAUCCACUACCAGAAAGUGGCUUUAAACUGGGUUGUAGUCCCAGUCUAAAAUCCACAUGGGACAGGAGCUCAAUCUUGGGGCUGGGAGUUUUAGGACAACAGUGUUAACCGCCCUGAUGCUACAUAGCGUCUAGACUUCUAGACUAUGCAGUGUCUUGUGUGUUGUCCUUUUCGUAUAGAAGGUACACUGACUUGUAAGUUAGAACUCUAAAGUGCCCUGCAGUAGGAGUGCCGAGCUAGGUGUUGUAGGGCAACAAAUUUGCUAUGAUCAACUAAAUGAGUGAUUUCUAAGAAUACGUAACCUUGUGAUCAUUUAGGAGUGGAUUCAGAGUAUCCUUCACCAGAGUUACUUUGAUCGCAUGACCUGCUUAAUCAGUAUUUUUUUUUUUCCCAUUGUUCUCGGACAUGGGACUCCAGUUAGUCUUAUAGGUCACCCUAAAUCCGAGAACCCCACUCCAGUCAAUCUUAUACAGUAGGUCACCUCAAAAUCUGAGAGCCCCACUCCAGUCAGUCUUAUGAUCACCUGGCAACACCUGUAAACUAUUGAUGAAUCAAAUCACAGGUUCAAUGAACAGAGCUCGGAGUCAUGAGGGCUAAGGAGUAGCUCGAUUUUUUUUUUUUUUUUGGUCCUGUAUGAUCUCUAAAUGACUCCAUUUCAGUCACGAAGUGCAUUCUCAUUGCAUUUCUUUCUGAUGAUCUUCUGGGUCGUUUUUUUUCCUCUCUGACUUAUAUGUAGCGAAAGUCCUGCUCUCGUUAUGCAAAAUGAGCUAGGGCUACACACUACACACUCCUCCUGUUACAGAACGUACCAACAUCCCUUUCGGUCAACAUCCAGGAGAUGGGGGAGAGAAAGAUGCUGGGCUCUAACCAUGAUGUCAAAACAAGGCUGAACUUUGUCGCUCACGAUUGUAGAUUUCUGUGGAUUUUCUUACUUGUCUGGGUGAUUUGAAAAUGUAACUACUGUGUAUUUAUUUUUUUAACAUAUUUAUAGUGUAAUAGGUAGGGAUUUGCACAUUUUAGAAAGGCUUUUGUAUACUGCUUUGACUCAAGUGACGUAGAGAGAGAUGGAAGGUUUGCAAACGGAAAAAGGGUUCAAAGUCACUGGAGUUGAGUCUUUUCACAGCCGUUCCAGUUUCACCAGUGACCCAAAUCCGUUUGUUUUAACCACUGCUAUCGUGAAGAGGGAGGGCUCCAUUCCUGGUCCUGCCGGGUUGGUGUGUGUCCGGGAUUACAGUGCAGCCAGGCUCUCAUUGACCUGGAUCAGCUCGGUAAUGGUGAAAUUGGUCCAGUUUAGCAACUCCUCCCAGCUCUUCAGGUGCUGAUGCUAUAAAGACACAUGAAAUGCCUGCAAUACACACAGCGCCCCCUGUAGGAGCAGGACUGGGGACCCCUGCUGUAGACACAGCGCCCCCUGUAGGAGCAGGACUGGGAUCCCCUGCUGUAGACACAGCGCCCCCUGUAGGAGCAGGACUGGGAUUCCAUGCUGUAGACACAGCGCCCCCUCCAGGACCAGGACUGGGAUUCCCUGCUGUAGACACAGCGCCCCCUCCAGGACCAGGACUGGGAUUCCCUGCUGUAGACACAGCGCCCCCUACAAGAUGGGGGACUGGGGGUCCAUCUGUUAGGAGAUGAGUGGCCACCCAAAACUGACUCUUUGCCUGUUAUGAUUCAGUUCACGGCCAAAUGGGGCCAAAGGGCUGGUUGCCAUGGAUAAAUUGAUUAUUUCCCACCCAUCAACAGGGAAUAAGACCACUAGGAUGCGAGACGAAGUGGGUGUGAGGAGAAUUGAAUGGAGCCACAACUGGAGACUCUGUAUCUGCCUCAAAUGUUGCAUUUGCACUUUGCCUCUGGGCAGAAAAAUGGCUGUUUGUUUUUUUUUGUGUUCAAUUUAGAAAAACAGUGCUGAAAACAGACUUAAACCAUUAACAUAAUUGUUCCUGCAUGUACCAAAGUUGACUUGUACAGGUUUUGGUAUCUAACAGUUGUAUCUUUGUAUAUAUGUCUAUGUUGUUGUUGUUGUUGUUGUUGUUUUCAGAUAACUAAUGAUACGGUAAACCUAUUUAUCCUUCUUUCAUUUGUUCCAGUGACUCUGGGGUGGACAGCGUUUUGAAAGAUGUUUGGGAGAAAACAUAUCUCCAUUUUAGUCUAGUAGUCUGUUUUGAACUCGAAAGGGAUCCAUUUCCCAAGAGUAUGUGUGCCCUCAGCUUGUUUCCCAAAAUUUGACUUGCAGGUUUUCUGCGUUUUAUUUUCAUUUGCACUUGAGCAACCCGGGAGCUGUGCACUUGGAUUUUUGGGGGGUACAGUAUGGGGGGAUUUCUCGUUUGCCUGGACAUGAUCAUGCUGAGAUCUCUCCCUGCAGCGGAUUAGAAUUACACCUCCCUCCGUUGUGGUGUCACUGAGGGCAGCGUUAACCUCAGGGUGACAUUUAUUGCUUUGCCUCUGUCUGAGGGUUGAAGAGGAGUCAAGAGGUGGGGUUGUGAAUCAUGACAGCACCCCAGUUUCCUGGGGGUCCAGCCCCAGGGAUGUUAUACAACAUUUAGUGCAUUAAUUAGACUUGCUUGGCAUUUUCCUGUUUCUUAGCAUAAUCCAGUCUGCUUUUGAGCAUAAAGGAGACACAAAGUGCCCCAUUCUUUCAUAGUUUUAAUGCCACAAAAAAUGAAACUUUUUUUGAGCCGGGACACAUUUUCAGGCUUUCAUGCACCAACCAGAUCACUCCUUGCACUGUCCACUCUGAAAUGCAUGUAUUUCUCUCCAGAAACCUGGCCUGCCGAUCGGCGUCCGGGUUUCCCCAGGCAUUGCUUAAAGAUCGUCUUCUUGUUUGGUCCAAAUGGCUUUUUAAAAAACAAAAUCUGAAAUACCGCGCCUUGUGCAGAUGGUCUGUCGUCUAUAACUGCAGCGUCUUAAAUCCUUUAGACAUUUGUCUUUGGAUCUUGUGUGGUAAUUGUAUGGUGAUAUCUGCUAGUUCCAUAAACUGAAAGUGUGGUGUCACAGCACCUAUUUUUCUCUCAAUUAAGCUUAAACCUAAGCUUGAACUUUAUUAUACUGUGUAUAAUGCGAGAGGUUGUGUACAUUCAAUGAAAAACCAAUGGAUGUUUUGUAUAACCGCAUUUAACCAUGGGCUGUUUUUACAAAUACAGUAUUAUGAUGUCAGUAAACAUUCAGACUCUU